AUCAUAUAAAGACCUAAUAUUUUCAGAAGAAGAAAAUGAAUAUAACUAUUUUAGAAAUUCACCGUUGGGGAUUAAAUUAGUAUAUAUAUAAUCUCCAAAUGUAAAAAAUGGAUAUAACAACCGCAAUUAUUGUCAUAUUCGUUAUUUACGGCAUAUUAAUGUUCUUUGAUAAUUUUUUCAAAACAUGCGCCCAUUAUCCCUACAUCAAAUUUUUAGAAGGAACAGGAUUUCAAAUAAAAUUUUUAACAAUAAAAUGGCAAACUAAAGCUUUUAAUAGGACUAUUAUUCGAUGGGGUUCCAACAAACCACAUUUUUGGAAUGCGUGGUUUAACACAGGUCUUUACGUUAAUUUAGUAUUUCUACCAAUAUCUAUUACUUUAUUAUUAUAUAGUAUACUUCAACAUUUUUUAAUAAGUAAUGAACAAAAUUCGAAUUUUGUAUUAGAACCAGUUAUACCAGGAUUUAAUUUACCUGCAUCUGAAAUUGGUUAUUAUAGCGCUACUUUAAUCGUUGCUAGUAUAGUACACGAACUAGGACAUGCUUUAGCUGCUGUAAUGGAAGAUGUGAAUUUAAUAGACGUCGGUGUUAGUAUAUUUUUUAUACUGCCUGUAGCUUAUGUAAAUUUAGCUACAGAGAAACUAUUUUCAAUUGAACGUAAAAAAACUCUUCGAAUUCUUUGUGCUGGUAUUUGGCAUAACGUCGUACUUUCCACGAUAGCUUUAAUCUUAUAUUUACUACUGCCUUUAAUAUUUAGUGGUAAUUUUUACGUAAAUAACGGCGUUACUGUAACAAAUGUAGCGAAAAAUUCACCCCUUAUAGGAAGUAAAGGUUUAGUGCUGGGUGAUGUGAUUUUAAAAAUAAACAAUUGCAGAAUAUCAAACGAAGAAAGUUAUUAUGAGUGUUUUAAUGAUAUGAACACUCAUCAAGUAGCGUUUUGCAUUGACGCUGAGUUAAUUCAUAAUUUAGACGAAAGUAUACCGUUAAAACAUUCUACUAAUGGGAAUUUGGAUUGUUGUGACGGUACUAAAUUCGAAAAUAUUUGUUUCGAAUAUUUAGAAAAUAAUGAUAGAAUAUUGGAACUCCCUGCCCAUGUUUGCUUACCGGCGAGAAAAGUUAUAGAAAAAUCAACUUUUUGUACACAAACUCUUCAUGUUUGCCCAAAAAAUAAGUAUUGUUUCAAACCGAUGCCGGGGAAUUCUACAUAUUUAAUGAAAUUAACUUGUAAGAAUAAGAUUGUUAUAUAUUUAGGGCACCCUGGGGAUGUGUAUAAAUCCGUACAAAUCUCCCCAUAUAUUCCAAAAUUUAUUUUUACUACAACAAUUGUACCAGAUUGUAUAACAAAGUUUACCAAAUACAUCGUGGUUAUUUCUUUUGGACUUGCCGUCGUUAAUAUAAUACCUUUUAUGUAUAUGGAUGGUCAGUAUAUAUUAGAAGUUUUGGGGUACAUUUUACUUCGAAAAAAAAUGGGAAAGACUCAAUAUAAGGUUACUGUAUCGGUAAUAACAGUUUUUUUCACUUUAAUAUUAUUUAUUCACUGUAUAACGUUUUUGUAUAAACAAAUUUUUAUAUAAUAAACUAUUUUGUUAAAUUUAA